UUAAAACUUAAAUGUAUACUGGCAGAUUGUUUAUGUGAUUUACUUGUUCGCUUCCUUUUCUUAAGGAAAGUUCAAUUUGAAUUCCGCUUGUCUUAAGAAACAAGGGCAUCGUGGUGCAAAUCUACGUGAAUGGUUAAUACUGAUGGAUUAUUUGUUACAUUUUGGUUUAUAUUCCCUGUUGAAAUGAAAUUGGUUUCCUGGCUUGGUUGCUUUCAAUGUUGUUAUCUUGAAGAUAUUAGGGCGUUCAAAUUGGAUUUCUAGAAAUUGAGUUCCUUUCAUGCAUUUUCUGAACUAAAUCAGCUUGAGUUUGAUUCAUUAUUUUAUUACAAAAAUAUUGGCAGGGAGCUGAUAUUUUCUGAAAAAAGCAUGGACAUGAGUUAGAUUACCUUAAGAUUUGAAUUUUCUUAUAGACUUGGGGUUGUUGGCUUUCCAAUUAUCUGUAGACAAUGUAUAUCCCAUGAUGAAUAGUGUUUAUACGUUUGUUUAUUGAUGAACUGUUGAUUUGGAUUCAUUAUUUUACUUAUGAAUAGAAGCCAUAUUGGAUUUUUGAUAACUAAAUUCCUACUUGGUAAGUUGUAAGAAUAUGUCUGAGAUCUACUAUGCAGCAUUUAAUUUUCAAGCAUCCUCCAAAUUAUAUUGGAAUAUGCCUAGUCCCAUCACUAAUGUAUGGUUGGUAUAUUCCUUAUGAAGUUGGAAUCAGGAGCUACUCAAGUAAUGGAGAAGUUUCAACCCUUGUUUUGUAUACCAAAUUUGUUUUGAUGUUUAUCAUAUGGUGUGGAUUUUCCUUGGUUAACUGGGAUUAUUUAAUUAAAUAAAUAAAUUUAAAUAUUGAACUCUUGUUUUGAAUUGUUGUCAAUCUGUAGAUUUGGGGCAGUUUUUAUUUUAGAGUUAUUUAAUUUUUAUCUAGUCAACCAAAUAACAACUUAAUACUAAUACUCCGUAAUGUACACAUUACAAUUUCUCACCUAAAAGGAAAAAGAAAAAGUAAAAGAGAAAAAGUAAAAGAGGGAAUUAUAGUAAUAAAUAUUUUGUUUUUUUAUAAACCCUUCGCCUUCGCAUGACAAAACUGUGCAUCAAAUUAAUCUUCAUAAUGGAGUACGUAUGUGCUUGCUUUUCAGCUUGGCUCUCUCCUCGAAUUUCGAAAGCAUCCCCUCUCUCUCUCACCCACGAGGCCGGAGCAGAGAAGAAUUUAAAUGUGGAACAUACAUUGCUCACGGAUCCGAUGAUUGAUUCGACCUCAUCAAUUCCGGAGCUGAUCGAGUUUCUCAAACCCUCAUUUCGCGACUGCGAGUAUGAUGAGGUGCAGGGUAUACUGGUGGACCGGGAAAAAAGAGUGAAAUUCGAAAUCGAAAAUCUCGUGACAGAACGAGAUGAACUGAAGAAGCAAGUUGAGUUUUUGGAGAAGUCUAAAGGCUUCACGGAGUUGGAGAAGUGUGAACUGGAGGAGAAGCUGGGUAGGAGCGAGAGGAGGGGUAAGGAGUCGAACAAAAAAAUUGUGCAAAUGAGUGAGAAACUGGAGAAACUGAGGAAUGAAAAUACGGUUGUUGAGGAGAAGCUGGUUAGGAGUAGUGAAAAAAUUGGGGAGAUGGAUGAAAGUAUGGUCGAAUUGGGGAAGGAGAUUGAGGAAUUGAGACGUGAGAAGCUCUCGGCAGCUAAAACCAUUGAGGAGUUACGGGCAAAGGAGGUUGAGGCUGAUCGUGUUGCGCAGGAACUGCAGCGAAAAAAUGCUGAGGCUCUUCAGACGAUUGAAGAGCUGAGAGUGAAGAAGAUGCAGUCUGAUAAGGCAGUUGGAUUCUAUGAAAAUGAUUUGGAACCGAGGAUUUCGAAGCUGGAGAGAACCCUUGCCAACUUGUUCAGUGUGGAUGUGGAAGAUCUUGACGGUCUUGCUGCUAACGCUGAAGCUGAAGGGGAGGCAAUUUCGCCCAAUGGUGAGGUGAACCUCGAAGAAGAAGAUACGGCUAGUGUGUUACGUGAAGCUCCUACAGUUUCAGGUUCACACUCAAGGGUAAUGCAAUCGGGUGGUGAGGUGCCUACACAGAAGACAGUCCCCGUGCCUCCAUCUCAUGCUGCUAGAAAUGAUGUGAUUGUGAUAGAUGAUAGCGAGAGUGGCAGCGAUAAUGAAACCUCUGCUCCUGACUCUUCAUCUCGGAAAUUAAAUAGGGAGGACAGAACAGAGAGCAGUGAGGAUUCUCUUAUGAGUCCUACUAAGAGGAGGAGGUUAAACGCAUCUGCUACACCAUCUCGCUGCAGUUUUCCCAGCAGAGUUGAAGAGAGAGUUGAUGCUCUUCAACAGCCUCGUACCCUUGAUUGUGUGGAUUCCACGGAUUCGGAUGAUGACUUGAUCUCAGAUGACCAUAUGAACAACCUUGUUGCAACAUGUCAAAGCAAAGUAAGGAGCACAAAAGAAUCAUUAUGCUGAUUUUGAUUUAGCUCGUGAAAGCCGAUGUUAAUUCCAAAACUGGAACCACCGAUCUGAUUAUAA